AUGACCGAUCUAACCACCAUAUCAGAUCUUACUCUAACCGAAGGAGAAGUUCGUUAUGUACUUCAAAAUCUUGACGAAGAGAAAGCAACUGGUCCUGACAAAAUCCCAGCAGUAUUAUUAAAAAACUGCGCGGCUAGUAUAGCUCCGUCAUUAUGUGAACUUUUCAACAAAAGUUUAUCGUCUGGUCAACUUCCGUCAGAAUGGAAGUUGUCUAAUGUUUGUCCAAUCCCAAAGAAAAGUCCACUUCAUGAAGUUUCCAAUUAUAGACCAAUUUCACUUCUGUCGUUAGUCUCGAAGGUAUUUGAACGUUGCAUGUACAAUAGACUUAUAGAUCAUAUCUCCAGCAAACUGAAUGAGUUACAGUAUGGUUUUCAAAGAGGCAAGUCUACCACUUCCCAGCUUUUACACGUUCUUCACAACAUUCAUGAAAUGCUUGAAAAAAGAUGCCAAGUUGACACGAUUUACCUCGACUUUGCGAAAGCAUUUGACAAAGUAAGUCAUGACCUUUUACUUGUGAAACUCCACAACUUUGGCAUCAAAGGUAAUCUUCUUCGUUGGUUCAAAGAUUAUCUUUCCGGGCGUUUUCAAAGAGUCACUGUACAUGGUGUUACAUCUCAGCCGCUCCCAGUACUAUCCGGCGUUCCCCAAGGAUCAAUUCUUGGACCAAUCCUCUUUCUUAUCUACGUAAACGAUCUUCCCGAUAGCGUCUCCCAAGAUACUGCCGUGUCAAUGUUUGCUGAUGAUACUAAAUGUCAUCGCGCUGUUCGUAACCCCCAAGACAGAGAAAUCCUACAAUCAGAUCUUAACAAUAUUACGAACUGGUGUCAAGACUGGAGGAUGGAUUUAAAUAAAUCCAAGUGCGGAGUUCUUCAAUUUACUCGUUGUCUCCAACCUACUAUCAACCAGUACACAUUAGCUGACAUCCCAGUCAAACCUUUAACCUGUGUAAAAGAUCUUGGCGUAAGUAUCACCAAAGAUAUGAAGUGGAACCAGCACGUGCAGGACUUAUCCUCAAAAGCUAACAAAAUGCUGGGUUUUGUCAAGAGAACAGCGUCCGGCAUUCACGAUAAAAGAGUUCGAAAGAUACUGUACUUGACCAUCGUUCGAAGCCAGCUAGCUUACAGUAGUCAAGUGUGGGCACCCCAAACUGUCAACAACAUCCUAACGAUCGAACGGUUGCAGCGACGUGCAUCAAAAUUUAUUCUUUCGCUCCCGUACAAAACAUCUAUCCCGUAUAAGAAACGAUUGGCUACCAUCGAAAUCCUCCCUCUAUGUUACUGGCAUGAGUAUUUAGAUAUGGUGUAUCUUCACAAAUGCCUUAUAAAUAACUCUGACAAUAACAUAUCUAUAAAGAUCCCUACACGAGAAACAAGAAAUACUAGUUCAACUAACGGCAUCCUACUUCAUGUAACCAAAAGUAAAACUGUUUCUUUUCAAAACAGCUUUUACAUCAGAGCUGCUAAUGUAUGGAACACGCUUCCCGGCUUCAUAAGAAAUACCACCACAUCUCUAACUACAUUUAAAUGUAAUCUAAUGAAAUACUACGUAGAAUUAACCCAACAAAUUUAUGACCCUGAAGAUCCAAGAACAUUUAAGUCUGUGUGUAUUAAAUGUCACACCACUCGCCCACUAAUGAACUUAUCAACUCGAACAUGUUGCUAAAUUUAGUUUUUGUUCGUUUGUUCGUCAAUACGUUUGCUUUGUCUUCUUGUAUUUGUGUUUAAUUGUUAUGUUUGCUUUAACUUCAAAAUAAUUAGAUAUACCAUUAGUUGUUCUUUUUUGGAACCCCGUUAUUGGAGAACUAUCUCUGUGUGGAAAUUCCAGUCAUUUGUAACCAUAGUACUCUAUAUAGAUCUAUUGCAAUGGCAAACAUGUAAAAUAAAAUAAAAUAAAUAAAAUAAAUAAACAUGUAAAAAAGAACAAAAUCAAUGUUUUCAUCAUAUGGAGUAACCUUAAUUUAGGCACAUGUGUUCAUUAUUUAAACUAUUGAGUGAGUAUUAACCUUUAAGUUCUAAUAUAAUCUUGUCUUACCUGUGAGGUUUGACGAAGUGGAAGACCAUGUGUGUGUGUGUUAGUACGCUACCGCCAGGCGAUUUGAUACAUUUCUUGCCCUUGCCAUCAUUCACGUUUGCAACUUGUGAUUCAACGUAUAUGCCUUUUUGAAGGACUACUGUCAACCAAAUAUCAACAAAAAUAUAGGAAGUAGGAUAGAUACGUGUUAACCCUAACAUGUAAAAUGCCAUUUACUAGUUACAUCAUCCUGUUCAAAGUCUGAAACUUUUAAAUUUUUUGACGCGCACUCCCCAACUUCAACUGCACGAAGUCCAAGGAAUUAAAAGAUGAAAAGUUUAAAAUUAAUAAUCCAAGUCACUGCACAAGCGUGUUACCGACAACAAAACAUUGUCACUAACCAGUCACAUUGAUGACAUCAUCCUGUUCAAAGUCUGAUACUUCUAAUUUUUUUGGCUCACACUCCACUAACAGGUACGCACCACCUGGAAAUUGUCCGCAAAAAUCAAUGUUGACUGUGCAUGUUUCUGGAGGUAGAGCCGUUAUAUGUAAUGGUUCUGGGUGA